UCUUGGCAUCUUCUUUGUGGCAGCCGCCUCACCGACUCCGAGGAGCCUCUGAUGAGGGCUCAGAGGUUUAGGCUUAGUUGUACGAGAGGUGCCUGUGGCUGGCUGCGGAGGGAGUGGGCGGAUUUUGUCUCCUGAGCGCCGCUCACCGCCCCUUGCUGCGGUGUAGCCGCAUCGCGUGGUACACCAAUGCUCGACGUGACGCGGGCUGAGAUCACAGCUUGCGCAUUCCCGCAAACUUCAUUUGAGAUGUCAUGCACGCCUAAGCCAUCCCCAACGUGGCACAAUAAGUUGUCUCAUAUCAGACACCGGCUAAACAGACACCGUCCCGAGGUCGUGUAUGUAGGCCAUCUUUAUCGGAAGGUGAGAUGGUGUGAAGGAUCGAAUUUCACAAUUUUUUACGCGCAUAACAGACGUGUCCGACCAUGUCCAAAAGUUUACUACAUUAGGUGGCGUCUGCGUGGUAAAUUCUUCUGGAAGGUCAACCAGCCCCCGUGUAACAGCACGAAAAUAGGACAAGUGGGGACAAAAUAUCCAGCGUGCAACCGCGUACAAAAACGGACUUCGUGGCAGACAUGUGAGAUGUCCUUGGAUCUGGAACAGUCAAGUGGAGCGCAAUCUUUUGCCAUUUGUCGAUGGAUUAUCCUGUUGCCGGUAGCGAUGCCCUCGGCGGUUCCAUGGUACCUUCUACCAGGCAGCGCAACGAGACUGGACCUGGAAUUUGGGAGUGAAGCUGUGUCACAUUGGAACGGCAGUGGUUUGUUUCCCAGACAGAAGACUUCAGCGUAGCGAUGGUCGUAGGGCUGAUGAGGGCGGUACCCCGGUGGCCAAAUAGGCCCUGUUCGCUACGG